AUGUCAGAUCCAGGGAGCUUUCGAAUUUCAUGCACUAUUUGGAACGUCACCUUUGACAAAGGCCUAUGUGAUCUUGGUGCAAGUAUCAAUCUAUUGUCUUUGUCUGUUAUGAAGAAGCUACAAAUCCAAGAGGCACAGCCAACAAGGAUAGCAUUACAAAUAGUAGACAAAUCUCUGAAAUUGGCACAUGGAAUAGUGGAGAAUGUCUUGGUCAAGGUUGGAGAACUAUUCCUCCUUGCAAAUUUUGUAAUCCUUGACAUGGGAGAGGAUAAGAACGACUCUAUCAUCCAAGGAAGACUAUUCCUGGCCAUUGGGAGAGUUCUGAUUGAUUUGGAACAAGGUGAAUUAUUUCUGAGGAUGUGUGAGGAUUACUUGGUAUUCAAGGUUUUUAGUCCUUCACAUCACUCUGGUGAAGGAGGCACUUACAUGAAGAGUGAACUCAUCAAUCCAAUCCCUGUCUCUUGA